AUGAGUAAACAACAACCAAAUGAAAAAAGAUGUGUAAGAAGUCUCAAGCCGGCUGGGGCAGCCGAAAACAAACCCACUGAGGCAGUGGUGAAAAAAACCAUUAAAGCAGAGGUAAAAGACUUCAGAAUAGAUGCAAAAAACCUAUUCCUGACAUACCCACAGUGCGAUAUAUAUAAAGUAAUAGCACUAAAACAGGUGAAAGGCGCACUUUUCAACAGGGGAGUAAAGUACAUUUUAGUCUGUAAAGAAGAUCACCACGAGAAUGAUGAAAGAAAACUUCCUAAAUAUUGGGGAAUAUCUUCUCGCAGAAAAAAGUACCACGGUCAUUACGAAAAGGUCGAUAGUUCAGUAAACGUCAUGAAAUAUGUAAAGAAAGACGGUGACUGGAUAGAAGAGGGAACUGCUCCAGUGGAAAAAUGA